AAUGACUUAGUCUUCAAUGACUUGGUUUGAAAUGAAAAAAAGAGGGGACCAAGGUUAUUUAACCAAUGUUUAACACUGGUUAAAUAACCUUGGUCCGACCCAUGUCAUUGGUCUGAAAGGGGUUCUUGUGACCUUUGUUCUUGCAGUAUCUGUAUUUGUCAUUCAUUCAAUCUACCUGCUUGUCAGUGUGUUCCAUAAUAGUUGAACGCCAUGGUUCUGAACAUCCCUGGUGUGGUUGUGGUGGUGCUGUUCUACAUCCUUAUUCUGGGAACAGGAGUGUGGGCUGCCCAAAGGUCCAGAAAGGCUGAGAAGAAGAGCCAUGGAAACAGGACCGAAGUGGUGCUCCUCGGAGGCAGAAAUAUCAGCUUGGCUGUUGGGAUUUUCACCAUGACUGCUACAUGGGUUGGUGGUGGUUUUAUCCUGGGUGUGGCAGAGGCGGUGUCCUCUCCUAAAAUGGGUUUAAUAUGGGCCCUUAUGCCCAUACAAUACUCAGUGUCAUUCAUAAUAGGUGGUCUUUUCUUUGCCAAGCCAAUGAGGGACAAGAGGUAUAUUACCAUGAUGGACCCAUUCCAGAUAAAGUAUGGCAAAGUACUGAGUGGUGCUCUGGUGCUGCCUGCUCUACUGGCAGAUGUGCUGUGGGUGUCUUGCACCCUGCUUGGCUUGGGAGCGACGAUGAGCGUGAUACUGGACUUGCCUUACUCCUACUCUGCAUGGAUCUCAUCAGCCGUGGCCAUCAUCUACACUUUGUUAGGAGGCCUUUAUUCAGUGGCCUACACUGACAUCAUCCAGCUCUCUCUAGUGUUCUUCAGUCUGUGGUUGUGUAUCCCUUUCCUUCUGCUCAACCCCAAUUCUACAAACAUCGCCCAGACAGCUUUUAACUAUACAUUCCAAGAACCCUGGGUCGGCACUCUGGAGUGGGACGACGCCUGGAGGUGGAUUGAUGACUUCUUGAUGCUGGGUCUCGGUAGUCUUUCAUUUCAGUCCUUCCACCAGAGGACGCUGUCUGCCUCCUCAUCGGUAACAGCUCAGAUGACCUGCUACGCUGCUGCAAUUGUCAUUGCCAUACUGGGAAUCCCCCCUGUCUUAGUUGGAGCUGUUGCCGCUUCCACAGACUGGAACCAGACACUCUACGGUUCUCCAGCUCCAUAUAUGCGCGGUGACCAGAGUUUGGUCCUGCCUCUGACCCUACAAUACCUCACUCCUUCUUACAUUUCAAUCAUCGGAAUCGGAGCUGUGGCUGCUGCAGUUAUGUCAUCCAUGGACUCUGCCCUGUUGUCUGCAACCUCUGUUUUCUCUUCAAACAUCUACAAAAAUAUCCUGCGUAAAAAGGCAUCAGACCAUGAAAUGAAGUGGGUGAUGCGGAUCACAGUGGUCGUUGUGGGUCUGGCUGGGACUUCCAUAACAUUCUACACCAACAGCACCCUGGUCCUCUGGAUUCUUGGAGCAGAUGUAUCCUAUACCCUUAUAUUCCCCCAUUUGGUCUCUGUGCUCUUCUUUAAAGUAACAAAUGGCUACGGUGCCACAGCGGGUUAUGUCGUAGGGCUGACUGUAAGGAUUUUGUUGGGAGAAAGUGCUGUAGGUCUUCCUGUCAUUCUUCAGCUUCCAGGUUGCACAUUGGAAGAUGGCAUCUAUGUCCAGAAAUCCCCCAUCAGGACAAUUUCCAUGCUCUGCACUUUGGUAACCAUCUUGGUUUUUUCCUUUCUGACUUUUUUCACAUUCAACCAUGGCCUGUUGCCUGAGAGGUGGGACGUUUUCAAAGUAAAACGUAAUGUGACUGUGUCACCAGUGGAUGCCGUCACACAGAACCUCAAAGAGGAAGCUGGAAGUAAGACAGAAUGUGACGAAACCAGACAAGGAGUUGCGUUACAGCCAAUGUUGCAGAAUGCUUUGUAACCAUUUGUUUUUCCUUUUGUUGCCGGCCUUCAUUCAAUUAUGAUCUUAACAAUUGUGUAUAGAAACUGUGAGUUAUAGUUGUCUUAUUUUAACCUGCCUAACAAACUUCCAAUGGUUGCAAAUGAGGUAUUUCACAUUCCUUAAC